AUGUCAUCGUUAAAUGGCAGUGUAAGUCCAGGUGCAACUGGUGGAGCUAGAAAGUCUAGAAAUAAUAAUCAAAAUCAUCCUCAUCAUCAUCAUCACCAAUCGCGUGAUCAACAUCUUCGACAUACUAUCAAUACUACAUCAACAUCAUUAAUUAAUGAUAAUAAUAAUCGUCGUUCACGACACUCAAAUCAAACUCAUAUUAAAUUAAAUCGUUCAAACAGUAAACAAAAUAAUAAAUCGACAAUUUUAUUUAAAAAACGAAUGAACAAAUCAAAAAAAGGACUGUUUUCAACAAAUUUUAAUUCAAUCCAUUAUGUAAAUCAAUUAUCAACAAGAUCAUAUAAUUAUUCAACUGGUAGAAAGAAAUUACAAGGUCUAACUUCAAUGAAUAAAACAUUGUCACAUCAAUUCGAAAUGAGUGGACAGUUAGAACGACAACAACAACAAGAGGCUAUCGAUUUAUCAAUGCAUAACAGAUCACAAUGUAUUCAAUCAGAGACUACUACACCUUCAUCAAUAACAUACGAACCAAUAACUUCUCAUUCAAUAUCAUGUAAUUCUUCAAUGUUUCAUAUGAUAAACAAAUUAACUACUGAUAAGACUAUAUCUACUACUAAUACUACUGAUACUACUAUCAGCACCAAUACCAUUACAAAUGUAAACAUUAAUCCACAAGAAUAUUUGAAACAUUUGAAUACAGAUUUAUCAUUGAAAGAAAUUGGACUAGAUUUAUCUACUUCAGUAAAUGAUAGAAUACCAAAUUAUCUGAAAUUCUCAACUGAGGACAAAACGAUGCAUCCUACUGACUUAAUGAUGUGUAGUAAACAAACUAACGCCAAAGAUUAUUCUUAUCAAUCAUCUACAGACUGUAAUUUAACAAAUCCAUCUAUUGUAAGCAGUACUGUUCAAUGUAAAGAAUCAAUAGAUCAGUUAAAAAACUCUAAUUUCCAUUUACAUUCACAAUCAACAACUCAAAGUCAACAAGAUAAUGAUUUAAUUGAACAUUGUACAGAUAUUAUUCAAGCUAAUGAUCAAAACAUUCGUUGUAAAACUAUGGAAGAGGUAAAUAUACAGAGAAAUUGUAUACAACAAACAAGUCCAAUAACUUUUAAUGAUCGUUACGUUUGUUCGCCUGGAUCACCGUUAUCAAAUGAAGAUAUAUUGAAUGAUUCCAAUGUGGUUAAUUUUAUGGGAAGACGAAAUAGAACAACAUUUUCUGAGAAACAAGUGGAAUUCCUCGAAUCCGCCUUUAAACAUACACAUUAUCCUGACUUGCAACUACGUGAAACACUUGCCUAUCAGACUAAUUUACCUGAAUGCAAAAUUCAAGUAUGGUUUAGUAAUCGGAGAGCUCGUUGGCGUAAACAAAUCAAUUUUACUUGUCAAAAUACUUUGGAAUUAGUGAAUUCACCAUGGCAUACUUUUAAUAAACAACCAAAAUGUGAAGUAUUCACAUCAAACAAUGAUGAAAUACAACAACAAGCUAUACCUCUAUCUUCAAUAAGUAAUAAACAUUAUAUUAAUGAGAUGAUAUAUCCACAUACAAAAACAUCACAUGAUCCAUUGAGUACUGAACACUUAAAGAAUACUGGAUGGAAUUUAGAAAAAUUAAUCACAACAACAAGAACACAUGAAGUUACAAAUUGUGAAAAACUACAAUCUUCUCCAUGUUCAGAGAAUAAAAUACUUAAUGAUUAUUGUAAUGUAUUAUUAAAACUUUAUCAAACUAAACAAUUAACAUCAAAUGAAUUAAAACAUUGUUCAAAUAAUUUAUUAGAUCCUAUUCAAUGGAAUUAUUCAAUUAAAUCAAAUGAUUAUCAAACAAGUUAUUUAUCACCUUCAAAAGAAACUCAACAAUUAUUUCAUACAUUUGAAGAGAAUUCUGAAUGUUCAUUGAAAUCAGGAUUCGCUACACAGAGCAAAUCUAUGGAUUCUAGUAAAACAACUCCGAAUAAACCAUCAAGUUCAACUAUGACUGAAAAUAAAUAUUCAAUUCAAAAAGAAAUAGAUGAAUUAAAUAAUAAUAAUAAUUUAGAAAUAUCAUGCCAUUUAUCAUUAUCUAAAUUGUAUCCAUUAAAAAUAGAUCAUAAUUCUGAUAUCAAUGAAUCCAUUGAACCAGAUUCUACAAUGGAUAAUCAAAAAUCACCUUAA